AUGUGUGACGUCGUUUUAGGCUCCCAAUGGGGAGAUGAAGGCAAAGGAAAAUUAGUCGACUUGUUGUGCGACGACAUCGACGUUUGCGCCAGAUGUCAAGGUGGUAACAACGCUGGCCACACCAUCGUGGUUGGCUCCACCAAGUACGACUUCCAUAUGUUGCCCUCUGGGUUGGUCAACCCCAAGUGUUUGAACGUGGUGGGUAGUGGAGUUGUGAUCCACGUGCCCUCUUUGUUCGAGGAGUUGGAGAACUUGGAGAAGAAAGGCUUGUACUGUCGUGACCGGUUGUUCAUUUCGUCCAGAGCCCACUUGGUGUUUGACUUCCACCAGAGAACAGACAAGUUGAAGGAGGCCGAGUUGUCGUCCAACAAGAAGGCCAUUGGAACCACCGGUAAGGGUAUCGGACCCACCUACUCCACCAAGGCGUCCAGAUCCGGGUUGAGAGUGCACAACUUGGUCUCGGAAGACCCAGAGGCCUGGGAAGACUUCAAGACCAGAUACCACCGUUUGGUGAACUCCAGAAAGCAGAGAUACGGUGAAUUCGACUACGACACCGAGGAGGAGUUGGCCAGAUACGAGAAGUACCGUGAAGUGUUGCGUCCGUUCGUGGUCGACUCGGUGGCGUUCUUGCACAAGGCCAUCGCUGAAAACAAGAAGAUCUUGGUCGAAGGUGCCAACGCGUUGAUGUUGGACAUCGACUUCGGUACCUACCCCUACGUGACCUCGUCUUCCACCGGUAUCGGUGGUGUUUUGACUGGUUUGGGACUUCCUCCAAGAGCCAUCAAGAACGUCUACGGUGUCGUCAAGGCCUACACCACCAGAGUGGGUGGAGGACCUUUCCCUAGUGAGCAGUUGAACGAAAUCGGAGAGACCUUGCAGGACGUGGGUGCCGAGUACGGAGUCACUACCGGAAGAAAGAGAAGAUGUGGUUGGUUGGACUUGGUGGUGUUGAAGUACUCCACUGCCAUCAACGGCUACACCUCGUUGAACAUCACCAAGUUGGACGUUUUGGACAAGUUCAAGGAAAUCAAGGUCGCUGUGGCCUACACCUUGAACGGCAAGAAGUUGGACUCGUUCCCUGAAGACUUGAUUGAGUUGGCCAAGGUCGAGGUUGAAUACGAAACCUUGCCAGGCUGGGAACAAGACAUCACCCAAAUCAAGAAGUACGACGAUUUGCCUGUCAACGCCAAGAAGUACUUGGAGUACAUCGAGAACUUUUUGGGAGUUCCAAUCCAAUGGGUUGGUACUGGUCCAGCCAGAGACUCCAUGUUGGUGAAGGCUGUUAACUAG